CGCUGCCUUAGAAAACUUAACGAGAACCAGAUGUGGUGGCCACUGCCGAACUUUCUCAGAGCCGGUGAUUGGUCCCCAGCCGAGGGCCUCAGCCAAUUAGCGUGCUGGGUGGGCCUGGAGUCCCGCCCCGCCCAGUCGCCCGCGUAGAUCCAGGUUCGAGGCUGGCGCGGCGCGGAGAGUGGGCUGGAGGCCGGGGCGGGACGCACUGUGUAGCGGGGAAGCGCACGGCCGAGCGAGCAUGGAGGGAGACCGGGUGGCCGGGCGGCCGGCGCUGUCGUCGUUACCAGUGCUGCUGCUGCUGCCGUUGCUGCUGUCGCGGGUCGCGGCGCUGCACCCAGACGAGCUCUUCCCACACGGGGAGUCCUGGGGAGACCAGCUUCUGCAGGAAGGCGACGACGAAAGCUCAGCCGUGGUGAAGCUGGCGAAUCCCCUGCACUUCUACGAAGCCCGAUUCAGCAAUCUCUACGUGGGCACCAAUGGCAUCAUCUCCACUCAGGACUUCCCCAGGGAAACGCAGUAUGUGGACUAUGAUUUCCCCACCGACUUCCCGGCCAUCGCCCCUUUCCUGGCCGACAUCGACACGAGCCACGGCAGGGGCCGAGUCCUGUACCGAGAGGACACCUCCCCGGCAGUGCUGGGCCUGGCCGCCCGCUAUGUGCGCGCUGGCUUCCCGCGCUCUGCGCGCUUUACCCCCACCCACGCCUUCCUGGCCACCUGGGAGCAGGUGGGCGCUUACGAGGAGGUCAAGCGCGGGGCGUUGCCCUCGGGAGAGCUGAACACUUUCCAGGCAGUGUUGGCAUCUGAUGGGUCUGAUAGCUACGCCCUCUUUCUUUAUCCUGCCAACGGCCUGCAGUUCCUUGGAACCCGCCCCAAAGAGUCUUACAAUGUCCAGCUUCAGCUUCCAGCUCGGGUGGGCUUCUGCCGAGGGGAGGCUGAUGAUCUGAAGUCAGAAGGACCGUAUUUCAGCUUGACUAGCACUGAACAGUCUGUGAAAAAUCUCUAUCAACUAAGCAACCUGGGGAUCCCUGGAGUGUGGGCUUUCCAUAUCGGCAGCACUUCCCUGUUGGACAACGUCAGGCCAGCCGCAGUGGGAGGAGACCUUUCCGCUGCCCACUCUUCUGUUCCCCUGGGACGUUCCUUCAGCCAUGCUACAGCCCUGGAAAGUGACUAUAAUGAGGACAAUUUGGAUUACUAUGAUGUGAAUGAGGAGGAAGCUGAAUACCUUCCAGGUGAACCAGAGGAGGCAUUGAAUGGCCACAGCAGCAUUGAUGUUUCCUUCCAGUCCAAAGUAGAUACAAAGCCUUUAGAGGAAUCUGCUACCUUGGACCCUCACACCAAAGAAGGAACAUCUCUGGGAGAGGUAGAGGGGCCAGAUUUAAAAGGCCAAGUUGAGCCCUGGGACGAGAGAGGCACCAGAAGCCCAGCUCCACCCGAGGUAGACAGAGAUACACUGGCUCCUUCCUGGGAAACUCCACCACCGUACCCUGAAAACAGAAGCAUCCAGCCCUACCCAGAUGGAGGGCCAGUGCCUUCAGAAAUGGAUGUUCCCCCAGCUCAUCCUGAAGAAGAAAUUGUUCUUCGAAAUUACCCUGCUUCAGGUCACACUACACCCCUAAGUCAAGGGACGUAUGAGGUGGGACUGGAAGACAACAUAGGUUCCAACACUGAGGUCUUCACAUAUAAUGCUGCCAACAAGGAAACCUGUGAACACAACCACAGACAAUGCUCCCGGCAUGCCUUCUGCACGGACUAUGCCACUGGCUUCUGCUGCCACUGCCAAUCCAAGUUUUAUGGAAAUGGGAAGCACUGUCUGCCCGAAGGGGCACCUCACCGAGUGAAUGGGAAAGUGAGUGGCCACCUCCGCGUGGGCCAUACACCUGUGCACUUCACUGACGUGGACCUGCAUGCGUAUGUCGUGGGCAAUGAUGGCAGAGCCUACACAGCCAUCAGCCACAUCCCACAGCCAGCAGCCCAGGCCCUCCUCCCGCUCACACCAAUUGGAGGCCUGUUUGGCUGGCUCUUUGCUUUAGAAAAACCUGGCUCUGAGAAUGGCUUCAGCCUGGCAGGUGCUGCCUUUACCCAUGACAUGGAAGUUACAUUCUACCCGGGAGAGGAGAGGGUUCAUAUCACUCAAACUGCUGAGGGACUUGACCCAGAGAACUAUCUGAGCAUUAAGACCGACAUUCAAGGCCAGGUGCCUUACAUCCCAGCAAAUUUCACAGCCCACAUGUCUCCCUACAAGGAGCUGUACCACUACUCAGACUCCACUGUGACCUCUACAAGUUCCAGAGACUACUCUCUGACUUUUGAUGCAAUCAACCAAACAUGGUCCUACCGCAUCCACCAGAACAUCACUUACCAGGUGUGCAGGCACGCCCCCAGACGCCCGGCCUUCCCUAACACCCAGCAGCUGAGCGUGGACCGGGUCUUUGCCUUGUAUAAUGAUGAAGAAAGAGUGCUUAGAUUUGCUGUGACCAAUCAGAUUGGCCCGGUUGAAGAGGAUUCAGACCCCACUCCGGUGAAUCCUUGCUAUGAUGGGAGCCACAUGUGUGACACAACAGCACGGUGCCAUCCAGGGACAGGUGUAGAUUACACCUGUGAGUGCGCCUCUGGGUACCAGGGAGAUGGACGGAACUGUGUGGAUGAAAAUGAAUGUGCAACUGGCUUUCAUCGCUGUGGCCCCAACUCCGUGUGUAUCAACUUGCCUGGAACCUACAGGUGUGAGUGCCGGAGUGGUUAUGAGUUUGCAGAUGACCGGCAUACUUGCAUCUUGAUCACCCCACCUCCCAACCCCUGUGAGGACGGCAGUCAUACCUGUGCUCCUGCUGGACAGGCCCGGUGUGUUCACCACGGAGGCAGCACGUUCAGCUGUGCCUGCCUGCCUGGUUAUGCUGGCGACGGGCACCAGUGCGCUGAUAUAGACGAAUGCUCAGAAAACAGAUGUCACCCCGCAGCUACCUGCUACAAUACUCCUGGUUCCUUCUCUUGCCGUUGUCAACCCGGAUAUUAUGGCGAUGGAUUUCAGUGCAUACCUGACUCCACCUCAAGCCUGACGCCUUGUGAACAACAGCAGCGCCAUGCCCAGGCCCAGUAUGCCCACCCUGGGGCCCGGUUCCACAUCCCCCAAUGCGACGAACAGGGCAACUUCCUGCCCCUACAGUGUCAUGGCAGCACUGGCUUCUGCUGGUGCAUAGACCCUGAUGGUCAUGAAGUUCCUGGUACCCAGACUCCACCUGGCUCUACACCGCCUCACUGUGGACCACCACCAGAGCCCACCCAGAGGCCCCCGACCAUCUGUGAGCGCUGGAGGGAAAACCUGCUGGAGCACUAUGGCGGCACCCCCCGGGAUGACCAGUACGUGCCCCAGUGCGAUGACCUGGGCCACUUCACCCCCCUGCAGUGCCAUGGAAAGAGCGACUUCUGCUGGUGUGUGGACAAAGAUGGCAGAGAGGUGCAGGGCACCCGCUCCCAGCCAGGCACCACCCCUGCGUGUAUACCCACCGUCGCUCCACCCAUGGUCCGGCCCACGCCCCGGCCAGAUGUGACCCCUCCAUCUGUGGGCACCUUCCUGCUCUAUACCCAGGGCCAGCAGAUUGGCUACUUGCCCCUCAAUGGCACCAGGCUUCAGAAGGAUGCAGCCAAGACCCUGCUGUCACUGCAUGGCUCCAUAAUCGUGGGGAUUGAUUACGACUGCCGGGAGAGGAUGGUGUACUGGACAGAUGUCGCUGGACGGACAAUCAGCCGUGCCAGUCUGGAACUGGGAGCAGAGCCUGAGACGAUCGUGAAUUCAGGUCUGAUAAGCCCUGAAGGACUUGCCAUCGACCACAUCCGCAGAACAAUGUACUGGACAGACAGUGUCAUGGAUAAGAUAGAGAGCGCCCUGCUGGAUGGCUCUGGACGCAGGGUCCUCUUCCACACAGAUCUGGUGAAUCCCCGUGCCAUCGCUGUGGAUCCAAUCCGAGGCAACUUGUACUGGACAGACUGGAAUAGAGAAGCUCCUAAAAUUGAAACAUCAUCUUUAGAUGGAGAAAACAGAAGAAUUCUGAUCAAUACAGACAUUGGAUUGCCCAAUGGCUUAACCUUUGACCCUUUCUCUAAACUGCUCUGCUGGGCAGAUGCAGGAACCAAAAAACUGGAGUGCACACUACCUGAUGGAACUGGACGGCGUGUCAUUCACAACAACCUCAAGUACCCCUUCAGCAUCAUAAGCUAUGCAGAUCACUUCUACCACACAGACUGGAGGAGGGAUGGUGUUGUAUCAGUAAAUAAACAUAGUGGCCAGUUUACUGAUGAGUAUCUCCCAGAACAACGAUCUCACCUCUACGGGAUAACUGCAGUCUACCCCUACUGCCCAACAGGAAGAAAGUAAAUACAGUAAUGUAAAGGAAGACUUGGAGUUUACAAUCAGAACCUGGACCCUAAAGAACAGUGACUGCAAAGGCAAAGAAAGUAAAGAAGGAAUUGGCCAUUAGAUGUUCCUGAACAUACAAGAUGAACAUUAUUUAGUGCAAAAAGACUUUUGUGAAAAGUUGAUACCUCAAUCUUUACUACUGUAUUUUUAAAAAUGAAGGUUGUUAUUGCAAGUUUAAAAAGGUAAUAGAAUUUUAACUGUUGCUUUAAAGCAACUUCUUGUAAACAUUUAUCAUUAAUAUUUAAAAGGUCAAAUUCAUUCAACUAAGAGUUUAAGACUCUAAAUGUGAUUUUUGCUAUGGAUUCCUUCUGGCCAACAAAUUAAAGCACAUGUGAUCAAUAUAAAAAUACAAUCCUAAACCUUGACAGCUGAAGAAGCCAAUGCAGAACUGAUGGGAAAGGACCAAUUAUUUAUAAUUUCCCAACAAAAGUUCUAAAAAUUUUUUACCUCUGCAUCAGUGCAUUUCUAUUUAUAUCAAAAGGUGCUAAAAUGAUUCAGUUUGCAUUUUCUGAUCCUGUAGUGCCUCUAUAGAAGUACCCACAGAAAGUAUCACAUUUAUAAAUACCAAAGAUGUAACAGUUCUAAAAUUUUCUAGAUUACUCCAAUAAAGUGUUUUAAGUUUUC